AUGUGGUUCUCUAACGGAAGUAGUGUGAAGUCUUUAGCUCGUUUCUAGCAAAAUUAUUGAUAUAUCAUUGCUAGUUUAUUAAAAAUAAAAAUUAAAAGCUAAAAGCCAUUUAAAAAUGCCUAAGGUUAAGGUCCUUAGUCGAAACCCUGAUGAUUAUGUAAGGGAGACAAAGAAAGAUAUCUUUAAAGUUCCAAGAAAUUAUAAUCCAACUCUACAUCCUUUCGAAGAGGCAAGAGAAUACACAAGAGCUUUAAAUGCUACUAAAUUAGAAAGAUUAUUUGCCAAGCCAUUUUUAGGAGAUUUAAAUGGACAUAGGGAUGGAGUAAAUGUAAUGUGCAAACACCCAAUAAGCCUAUCAAAAGUUUUCACUGGCGCUUGCGAUGGAGAAGUUAGAGAAUGGGACUUACCUAAACUACAAUGCACGAAAAUAAUCGCUACUCACAGCGGUUUUGUUAGAGGUAUGGAUUUCGAAAGUGAUGCUCAAAAGUUUUGGACGUGUGGAGAUGAUAAAACUAUAAAGUUGUGGGAUAAUACUAUAACACCAGAGGAGCCCUUACAAACUAUUUUAACAUCGGACGUACCUCAAGGUUUAUCUCGGCAUAAGUCAAAAGAAGUAAUAGCAACUUGUGGACAGUCCGUCAAUAUAUAUAAUAUAGGCAGAACAACACCAAGUAGAUCUCUUACUUGGGGAAUUGAUUCCAUUCAUCAUGUAGCAUUUAACCCAAUAGAGACGGAAAUACUUGCUUCUUGUGCAUCUGACAGAAGCAUUGUCUUAUAUGAUUGUCGAGAAAGAAACCCAUUACGCAAAGUAAUCUUGAAAUUACGAUCAAAUAAACUGGCAUGGAAUCCAUUGGAAGCAUUUACAUUCACCGUAGCAAAUGAAGAUUACAACUUAUAUACAUUUGAUAUGAGAAAAUUAUCGACCCCAGUAAAUGUCCACAUGAAUCAUAUUUCAGCAGUACUUGAUGUUGACUAUUCUCCGACUGGAAAAUCUUUUGUGUCUGGAAGUUAUGACAAGACAAUAAGAGUGUUUGAAGUUAAUAAAGGAAGAUCAAUUGAAGUUUAUCAUACCAAGAGAAUGCAACGUGUUAAUUGUGUUCUAUGGUCUUUGGACAAUCGAUAUUUACUAUCAGCCAGCGAUGAAAUGAAUGUUCGUGUAUGGAAGGCAAAUGCCUCAGAAAAAUUGGGCGUGUUGAAAACUAGAGAAAAGGAAUCAAUGAAUUAUAGUCAAAAAUUAAAGCAAAAAUAUAAACAUUUUCCGAAAAUUAAAGGAAUUUCUAAGAAACGGCAUAUUCCAAAAGCUAUUUAUAAUGCUGCUAGUGAAAUUGCAACAAUUAGAGAGAGUCAAAAGAGGAAAGAAUCCAAUAGAAGAGCUCAUAGUAAACCUGGAGCUGUUCCAUAUGUCUCAGAAAGGCAGAAACAUGUUGUUGGCGAAGCAAAAUAA